CAUAUGAUAAAUUUGUGUCAACUAAAAAAAGAAGCAGCUAGAUAAUGCACAUUGAGUACUAGUAGCAAUAAAAGGAGUAUUAAAGCUUUGGAGAAUACUACAAAGAAAGCCAAUAAAGCCAUUUUCAUUUUGCUUCUUUCUGCAAAUAGUAGCACUGUGUGAUAUUCAGACCAAAAAAACAUUUCCUUAGUAACAAACUCCAUUCUAAAUUCCAGAAACACUCUCUCAUUUCAUCAUGGCAAAUAAAGCUUCUCUAUGCUUCUUGUUCCUCUCUUUUCUCAUUUUCUUCUGUUCUGGAAACAAUGCAUUUUUAACUUUUUCUGGAACCAGAUUCCUUAAAAAAAGCAAGAUCUCAAAAUCUCAGAUUCAGUUAUCUGUAAAAGAUCAUAACAAUAGGAUUAUGAGAAUUCUACAAGACACAGGUUUCCCUACAAAUCCAGCAUCAACUACACCUUCAGAAACACCAACAAUAAUCACAGUUCCAUCAACCAAUCCUGUUCCACCAACAAAUCCAGGUACAACAAAUCUAGUUCCUUCUACUACACCACCUGUUUCAUCAGCACCACCAACAAAUCCAGCAAAUACACCAGUACCUGUUACAGCUCCAAUAACAGUUCCAGGAACAGGAACAAACCCUGUGAAUUCUUAUCCACCACCAGCACCAUUAUCAGGAGGAACAGGAACAGUUCCUGUGACAAAUCCUCCUCCUACUACAAGCACAGGCACAAAUCCUCAAGGAGGAGGUAGUUGGUGUGUGGCUAAACCUGGAACACCACAAACUACACUACAAACAGCAUUAGAUUAUGCUUGUGGAAAAGGUGCUGAUUGUUCACAGAUACAACAAGGUGGAAGCUGUUAUAAUCCAAAUUCACUUCAAAAUCAUGCUUCUUUUGCUUUCAAUAGUUACUAUCAAAAGAAUCCUGCACCUACUAGCUGUGACUUUGGAGGGGUUGCUGCUGUUGUUAGCAUAAAUCCUAGUACUGGAACUUGUAUCUUCCCAUCAUCUUCAGGAGGAGCAAGCCCAACUACCGGCGGCUCUGGUACAACCUCACCUUCAUUCGGUUUGGGGCCUCAAAGCUCUCCACUGGAUUCCUCUCAUUCAACUGGUCUGAGACCUUUCAUAAGCUGCAUGGUUCUGGUGACAUUAUUUGUCAGUGGAAUGCUCAGUAUGAGUCCAUAGAUAAGUUUGCCAGGUUGGAGUUUGUAUACAAUUCUACACACAUGCAGGUGUAGAAAGACAUUAGAGUAGUAGAGACUUUGUGAUGAUGAUGAUGAUGAUGAUAGCUGAAUGAGUUCCUCAAUCUGUUUAACUCUAGCUUAAGUGAAAGAACUUCAACUGCGGAAAUAAUAGCGACGUCUUGGCUAUAAUCAGGUUCAGAAACUAGUAUAUUAGGACUUUAUGUAGAUUAGUGUGUACUGCAUUGUUUGUUUUGGAAAUUCAUUUGCAUAUAUAGAUGAAGGGAUUUUUAUUCAACAAAAUAAGUUAUGUGGUUAGAGUUUAAAUGAAGGUACUGUGAAGUAGAUGGUGAAGGGAACAAUUUCAUAUCAUGAGAAAGCAACAACUAUGGUGUUUGUAAAAUUGGGAAGACUUACGAGCUACCACUCAAAAUGUAUGCUUAGAAAUGCAAUAUGUGAAGUCACUAUGAUUUUACACUGCCAUCUUUAUUCUUCAAUGAGUGAAAUAUGAAUGAAAUUUAUUUAAAUGAGUAA